UAGUACGUAGGAGUAGUAGUAGUUGUUGUCCUACAAGGCAAUCACGUGCGGCUGCAGACAGCUUUCCUUCCUUCCUUCUGCCACCACCUCCUCUUCUGCCCACUCAUCACCAUUUUCACUUUCAUCCAUCCUCCAUUCCAUUCCAUUGCUUCUUCUCACUCUCUUGUUUCAAUUAACAUACAAGAUUGAUUGUAUGUAUGGAAGGAGGACCAAGACCUAAGUCGCCGCCUGGAGGUGGAGGUGGAGGUGGCAAACGGAGGAGAGAGUUGGCUAUAUUGGAAACACAAAUCCGUUUCUUUCAGGAAGAAUUGAAGUCCAUUGAAACAUUAAAACCUGCUUCCUGUUGCAUUAAAGAGGUAGCUGAUUAUGUGGUCACCAAUCCAGAACCAUUAAUCACUCUCAGCAGGCGUAAGAAGACCCGUAAAUCUUGUGGUUUCUGGAAGUGGCUAUGCAGCUUCAAAAUGUCUUGUCUUUGCUGCUGCUGCUGCCGUUGGAAUGACUGUUCUGGUGUAACACUACCCAGCAGCUGCUGCUCUUUACCAGAGUGUUGUUCAUGCUCCUUACCAAAGUGCAAGUCACCUGGGUGCCCUUCAUGCUGGUGUUCCGGUUGCAGUUGCCCAAAGUGCACUUGUUGUUGGCCAGCCAAGUGCUGCCGUCCAAAAUGUUCAACUUGUGGUUGCUGUGGCCUACAAAACAGCUGCUGCUGCUGUUCUGCUUCCUCUUGUCAGUGCUGCUGCUGCUGCUGCUAAUGUAAAAUGGCAAGUUCCUUUUCAGUUGCAAUCCUUAGGAGGCAUGUAUUCUAUUACAUUAGUUUUUCAGGCUCUAAAGAAACAAACAGAGCCCAUUUUUGGUUUUGAUGCUAUAUCUUAUGAAUUAUUAUAAGCA